UGCGGCGGCGCGGGGCGGCCCCGGCAAUGGCGGCGCCGGGCCCUGAGGAGCUGCGGGCGGGCGGGACGGGACCCGCGGGCGGCCCGGGGCUGAGCUCGGGGCUGGGCCCCGUCCCGCCGCACCCCGGCGUGCCCCCACACCCUGGGGUGUCGCGGCGGCGCGGGCGCACGCUGCUGGUGCGGCACCUGCCCGCCGAGCUGACGGCGGCGGAGAAGGAGGAUCUGCUGCAGCACUUCGGGGCCGUGUCUGUGCGCGUCCUGUCGGACCACGGGCGGCUGAAACAUACUGCUUUUGCUACCUUUCCCAGUGAAAAUGCAGCUGCAAAGGCUUUAUCAAGACUGCAUCAGCUGAAACUUUUGGGUCACACGUUAGUGGUUGAAUUUGCGAAGGAGCAAGAGAGUGUACAGGUACUUAGCCAGCCUUCUGUCUCAGACAAGUGCAAAAGUUCAGAAGAACCAGUGAAAGAAGAAGAGAAGAUAGAACCAAGCUGUGUUAAGAUAGAGAAUGGAAUUGCACCCAACCAUGGCCUCACCUUUCCCAUCAAUUCUUGCCUCAAGUAUUUGUAUCCACCACCUUCAAGUGCAAUUCUAGCAAAUAUAGCAAAUGCCUUGGCAAGCGUGCCCAAAUUUUAUGUGCAGGUACUUCAUCUAAUGAAUAAAAUGAAUCUUCCUCCACCUUUUGGACCAAUUACUGCUCGCCCUCCUAUGUAUGAAGAAUAUUUACCAGUGCCUGUGCCACCUCCCCCAAUCCCACCUCUGCCUCCUGAAGAGCCUCCAUUGCCUGAAGAGGAAGAAGAACUGUCUAGUGGGGAUGAAUCAGAAUAUGAAAGUGAUAAUGAUGAGGAAAAGGAGAGAAUGACCAAGUUGAUGGAAUUAGCAACCCUUCAGCCUAAAAGACCAAUAAACACAAAGAAACGUAGUGUUAGAAAAAAGCAAAGAAUUAAAGACAUGUUGAAUGUUCCUGUGUGUACUUCCCACAGUAACUUGCAUCCUACAUUGUCACCUUCAGAUGUCUUUGAGCAGCCACAGCACAUAGGCCAUAAAAAAAUAGAGUUUCAUAUUAGUACUGAGAUCCCAGCUGUUCUUCAGAUAAACUCAGAAAAAGAAGAAAAAAAUGACCUUAAUGCAACAACAGAAGAAAUCAAUAAUACAGGCUUUGGAAGGAUUUUCCCAGCUCCUAGCUCAAAUGAUAAAAUGGAAACUGAAGAGGAGGAUGAUGAAAUACCAUCAGAAUUUAUUUCUAGAAAGGAUCUAGAAAAAAACAGGCUUUCUAGAGAAGAAAUGGAAAAAUUUUCUGUUUUCAAAAACUAUGAGCCAGGUGAUCCAAAUUGCAGGAUAUAUGUGAAGAAUUUAGCUAARCAAGUUCAAGAAAAGGAUCUCAAGUUCAUUUUUGGAAGAUACGUUGACUUCCAAUCAGAGGUGGAGCGCAAUAUGUUUGAUAUCCGUUUGAUGAAAGAAGGCCGUAUGAAGGGACAGGCUUUCAUUGGACUUCCCAAUGAAAAAGCAGCUGCUAAAGCAUUAAAAGAAGCAAAUGGAUAUGUCUUAUUUGAGAAACCCAUGGUGGUUCAAUUUGCUCGUUCAGCUAGACCAAAACAAGAUGCCAACGAAGGGAAAAGAAAAAAGUAGAACAYUGCACAAGAAACAUUCCUGCGUAAAUACUGCAGUAAUACUGUCAUGCAGAGUGUAUCCUUUCUUGUUGUAUCCUUUUUUUGUGCAAUGUUUCCUGUAGCACUCAACUGCAUCUCAGGUUUUCAUAUAGAGUAGGUGCGGGGAGGAGCUAACAUGUUUUAAGCUUGAGCUAGUGUGGUAAUUUUAAAAAGCAGACUCGGGGAAAAUUGUCUGUAUUGUGUGAAUAGACACAAUGAAGGUUCCUGGUCAUAAAAGGUGGCCUUCACCUUCUUCCUCAGACCUCAACAAUUUGUGGUCCCAUUCCUUAGUGGAUCAGUUCUAGCUCAUACAAGGUGAUCUGUGUGAAGCUGUGCAGAGCUCACACUGACCAAUUUACCCUGUUUUACUUUAAAUACAUAUUAAUAUAAUAAUAUGUUGGCURAAAUAUGUUGCAGAGCAGUCUGAAUAUUAAGGGGUUGACCAUAUUUUAGAUAAUUUGAUUACUGUUGCCCUGGUAUAUGAGAAACAAUCUGUAGUUGAUUUAGUUUAUACAUUCCUUACUUUGUCUUUUUUUGAGUAAAGAAGAAAAUUAACAAUAUCUUGSAAUGAAAUAUUUGGAGUUGGACUAAUAAUCAAACUAUUAAUUACUGCUACCUUUUGGUUGGUUGGUUGGAUUUUGUUAGAUUGCUCUCUGCACUGAGGUAGUGUUGUUGCUAGUAACUUACAUAUUUCUUGUGGGUUUCACACUACAUUACURUUUAAUUUUCUAUAAUAUAAAAUUACUACAGCCUGCAUCUAUUAAGUUGUAUUUUUUUAAACAUUAAGCACUUUUUAAAAUACUAAGCAUCUUUCAAUUCAGUUGACAGAAGCCAGUAUAACACUUCUAUUUUCUAGUAGUUCUUAGUUUUAACAUGCCUUUGUGAUGUUCCAGGUCCCUUUUGUGUUCCAUCUCUUUCAAGUCUUAUCAAGCUGGGGAAGAAGCAGUGUAUUCAUCAGGACUCUUGAACUGUGCGUAGUAGCAUUUCUAAAGUAUUAAGGCAGAGAAUAAAUGUUCUCGUCUUACAGAUUCCACAUAUCUCUAAGUAUCACAAGAACUUACAUCAGAAAUGUAUGUUAGUUUGCUUGUGAAAUCUAAUAAAUUAUUUCCCUUCUCUUCA